UACCAAUUCAAGAACCCCAAACCAAUUCUAUGGUUUUAGCAAAUGCAAAUCCACAACCAAAUAAACAAAGAUCGAGAAAGAGAAAAAAUCAACCAUUGAAAAUGAUUUGCGAGAUGAAUGCACAGAAGCUCUUAGAAGAUCCAUGGGCAUGGAGAAAAUAUGGACAAAAACCCAUUAAAGGAUCUCCAUAUCCAAGGAGCUACUACAGAUGUAGCAGUGCUAGAGAAUGUGGAGCAAAAAAAUUAGUAGAAAAAAGUCAUACCAAUGAGAACACUUUUCUUGUGACAUAUACAGGAGAACACAAUCAUGAAAAACCAAUUAACCGAAUCAUGGUGAGCACACCCUCUUGGAACAAGCCACCGGAGACCCGUCUACUUCCUGCUGGAGUAGUCGGGCCGUCCCAAAAUAUAGUUUCGCCUAAUGCGAUGUUGUGGUUUGAUCAACCGGAGAGCGGCAACUCUCCGAUUCACGGCGGCAAUGCUCAAGUGAACAAUGAUGACAACAUUGUUUUGGUACCCAACAUGAUGGCUGUGUCGGAGACUUCCUUAAUGAACUUUAACCCCCUUAAUAUUGGCAAUAUUCCCUUUGUUGAGUCAAACCCUUAAGAGCUAGCUUGCUUAUUUGAAUCUAUUUAGUGGUUUUUCUUAGGGUGCAAUAUUGCAUGGAAUAAAAACUAUUAAUUGCUCAUUUUUCCCUUUAUUAAUUACUUAUUUUUUUUUAUUCAUUUACAAAGCGUAUCUUUAUCUAAUCUUUAUCUACCUU